GUUUGUAUAGUUUGUGUAUAUAGGUCCCUGAUACGGCAAAUAUUCAAGAUAAACACAUCAAGCUGAUAGUCCAAAGCAAAGGUCGAAAUUGUUUUACACGUGGUCCUUUCAAGUUAUUGGAGUAGUUAGUUGUUAUAAAGAAGAUGGCAAACUAUUUAAAGCCAGUUGCUGCAGUUUUGGUGCCAAAUAUUGGUGGAUUAUUAAUGGGGUAUAUCACCAGGAGUGAAACCAGGCGUACAACCGGUCAGCUAACUUGGUAUCAGGCAUUGAAAAAGCCUUCUUUCCAGCCACCCUCAUGGAUAGUUGGCCCCGUGUGGACGGCUCUCUACUCCGCAAUGGGCUAUGCCUCCUAUAUGAUCUUCAGGGACGGUGGCGGGUUUGGGGGUAAGGCAGCCCUGCCCCUUGCAGUGUACGGUGCUAACCUGGCCCUGAACUUUGCCUGGGCGCCAUUGUUCUUCAAGGGGCAAAAUCUAGGAUUGGCUUUUGCUGAGAUCGUAGCACUAUGGGGAUCAGUUGUUGCCACAAUUGUCACGUUCCGUGAUGUAAACGUCAACGCCGCCAAGUUGCUUCUACCUUACUUGGGUUGGGUCAGCUUUGCAACUUUUAUCAACUUUAGUUUGUGGAGAAUGAACAAGGACCGAACGGACUAGACUGUGCCUUUAGAUAUAUAAAUGCUAUCUUUACGAGGACCGAACAAACAAGAUGAUGUACCUUUAGAAAUAUUCCUUCUAUAUUAAAAAGACCCCAAAAUACUAUGAUGUGCCUCUUUUAAAUGAUCGUUGUUAACAGAAAGGACCAAAAGUCUAGGCUGUGUCUUUUACAACUUUGCUUAUUAAUAAACAAGACCCGACACGAGUAGGCUUUACAUGCAGAGAUAUUGCUAUUAUAUAAUGGAAAAUGAACAGAUAAUGACUUGAAGGCCUAGAUUGCUCUUUUAACAAUUAAAUGGAACAUGGAGUGAACAUAUCAGACUGUACAUUCGAGAUUUUGGAUCAUGGAUUCAAACGACUUCACUUGCUUUAUAGAUAUUUGAAGAAAGACAUACUACAUUUUAAUUUAAGAGAUAUUGCUACUUAGUCUAUACUAGUAGAUGAUUCUGUAUUCUUUACAAGAUAGUAACUGUUUUUUUUAACAACUUACCGGUUUGUUCUAUCUUCUGCGCGCAUGUAUGUACCAUUAGGCGUUUCUUAUAAGCUUUUGGCGAACUUUGUUUAAUUUACAAUAACGAAGAGAAAUUCCAAAUCUGUAAAAAAUUAUAUACAAUAUUAAAAACCAUAGCUGCGACAAAUCUAAACAUCUUAAUUUUUCGAUUAUGUCAAUUUUUUUUUCCUAAUAAUUGACACUAUUAUUUCGAAAAGUAAAUUAACAACCUGAGACUUGAAGUACACUAACAGCCAUUAUUGUUGAGUUUUAAAUUGAUGAUGAAAGGAAUGCAAAAGACAUUAAUUUCAUUGGUUUGAACAGCUGAUGUACGGAUAAAGAUGUUAAUAUUACAAGUCAUAUUGAGUCAUUUUCUUGAAGGUAAAUCACUGAAAGUAGGAUUUUUGCAAUUACAAAAUGUGUUGAAUUAUUAUGUAGUUUGAGUCUUGCAUCAUCUUAUAUUGUUAUCAAAAUACACAUUGGUUUGUGUUGUUAAUUUAUUGCUUUUGUCAAAAUAUGCAUCAGUUUUAUACGACUUUAUAAACCCUGUGAUAUUUUAUAAACAGUAAUUGUGAAAAUUCUAUUGUAUAUAUUUUCUGAUAAUAAAGCCAUGUUUUGAA